AUGGAAGCCUCUCUCAAAUUCCAUUCUCUUGUUUGCUUCACUCUGAUUCUUGCAUUCUCAAUUCUAUGUGAAUCUGCUUCGCAUGAUGGCUUCACCGUGGAGCUGGUCCACCGCGACUCGCCGAGGUCCCCCUACUACGACCCGGCCGACACCCCGUACCAUCGCAUAACCAAUGCGAUUCGCCGGUCCAUCUCCCGCGUCAACCGUCUCAACCCGAACUCCGUCGCCAACCCGAACACGCCCUCCGGGGUGAUCAACUCGAACAGAGGGGAAUACCUUAUGAACAUCACACUCGGGACCCCGCCGGUGAAUAUCGUGGGGAUCGCCGACACGGGGAGCGACCUCAUAUGGACGCAGUGCAAGCCGUGCACGGAUUGCUUCGAGCAAGCAAGCCCGCUGUUCGACCCUCGCAAGUCCUCGACGUACAAGGACGUCUCGUGCAGGGCGUCGCUGUGCGAGGUGCUCGGGCAGACCGCCUGCGGCGGGCGGGGGCUCUGCGAGUAUUAUUACUCUUAUGGCGAUAGUUCUUAUACUAAUGGGAACGUAGCCACGGAGACAUUCGCCCUAGGUUCCACCACGGGCAGGCCCGUGAGCAUCCCCAGGGUGCUCUUCGGCUGCGGACACGAUAACGGCGGGACCUGGGACGAUCAGACGGACGGAAUCAUCGGGCUCGGGGGCGGCGCCGCCUCGCUCAUUACCCAAAUGGGGAGAUCCACCGGCGGGAAAUUCUCCUAUUGCUUGGUGCCCUAUUUCUCGGAUCGUGGAAGCUCUAGCAAGUUGAACUUUGGGGCCAACGCCGUGGUCGCCGGCCGCGGCACCAUCUCCACCCCUCUAGUCCAAAAGGAGCCCAAGACUUUCUACUACCUAACCCUAGAAGCGGUUAGCGUCGGCAAGACGAGGGUAGAAUUCCUUUCCGCCGGCCCUUCCCUUUCCGAGGAAGAAGGGAACAUCAUCAUCGACUCGGGCACGACCUUGACGCUGCUGCCGCAAGAAUUCUACUCCAAAAUCGAAGCCGCCAUGGUCAAGUACAUGAAACUGCCCCGCGUGAGCGACCCGUCUCAGUUCCUCAGCCUUUGUUACAAGGCCGUGUCGGAUACCAGCCGGUUGGGCAUCCCUCCCGUGACCUUCCAUUUCAAGGGCGCGGACGUCGUGCUUAGGCCAACGAACUCCUUCGUCCGAGUCGCCGACGAUAUCAUAUGUUUCGCGUUGAACCCGGGCGCGAUGUCGAUCUACGGCAACCUGGUGCAGAUGGACUUCUUGGUGGGAUACGACAUACAGAACAUGAAGUUGUCCUUCAAGCCUGUUGAUUGCACCUUGCACUGA